UCUCUGAGGAAACCAAGGUACCAGCGGCGGGCCAUUCCAUUUCCCCUUUCUUUUCUUUUCCAUUUUUCGUUUUCUAAUUCGUUCGCAGCGUCGCCUUGGCGGGAAAGGUCUGCCGCUUCGUUUAUUCUUCUGCGUUUUCCAUCCUCGUUAGGGUUUCGGGAGGUGUAGUCGUCUUGCUUCUACUCCCCCAAAUCGACGCCUGCUAUUUCAGGGAUAUCUUUUCUAGGGUUCCAAAGCUAUCCUUUCCGGUUUCUUCGAGGCAAAGAUGAGCUAUCGGAAGGGCUCCAAGGUAUGGCUCGAAGACAAAGACUCUGCUUGGGUGGAGGCUGAAGUGAUCGAUGUGAAGGACAAGUCGGUCGUCGUACUUCUCCCGCUCCAGAGGAAGAAGAUUACAGUUGCUGCGGAUAAAAUAUUGCCUAGGGAUACAGAUGACGAUCUUGGAGGAGUUGAUGAUAUGACAAAGCUGGCGUAUCUUAAUGAGCCGGGUGUUCUUUAUAAUCUCUCAAGAAGAUAUGCACUUAACGAGAUAUAUACAUACACAGGAAGCAUAUUGAUUGCUGUAAACCCAUUCACAAAACUAUCUCAUCUUUACAAUGGACAUAUGAUGGAGCAGUAUAAGGGUGCCCGACUUGGGGAGUUGAGUCCUCAUGUUUAUGCUGUAGCUGAUGCAUCUUACAGAGCUAUGAUGCGAGAAAAGUGCAGUCAAUCUAUCCUUGUUAGUGGUGAAAGUGGAGCUGGGAAGACUGAAACAACCAAGUUAAUUAUGCAGUAUUUGACGCAUGUUGGUGGUAGGGCUGCAAUGGAUGAUCGAACUGUGGAGCAACAAGUUCUUGAAUCAAAUCCACUUUUGGAGGCCUUUGGUAAUGCAAAAACAAUAAGAAAUGAUAACUCAAGCCGCUUUGGGAAAUUUGUAGAAAUUCAGUUUGAUGCAAGUGGUAGAAUAUCUGGGGCUGCAGUUAGAACUUACUUGUUAGAAAGGUCUCGUGUGGUAAAGAUCACAUACCCGGAGAGGAAUUACCAUUGUUUUUAUCAAUUAUGUGCCUCUGGAAAGGAUGCUGAAAAAUACAAGCUUGGCCAUCCAAGUUGCUUCCAUUACUUGAAUCAGAGCAAAUUGUAUGAGCUUGAAGGAGUAACUAAUUCUGAAGAAUAUUUGAAGACAAGAAAGGCAAUGGAUAUAGUUGGAAUCAGUUUAGGCUGCCAGGAAGCCAUAUUUCGCACAUUAGCUGCUAUUCUUCAUCUUGGCAAUAUUGAGUUUUCACCAGGGAAGGAGCAUGAUUCUUCUACCUAUAAAGAUUCAAAGUCUUAUUUUCAUCUUCAAACAGCUGCUGAUUUAUUCAUGUGCAAUCCAGACCUUCUUCUAUCAACAUUGUGUACACGUGGUAUACAAACUCAUGAAGGAAAUAUAGUUAAAGCACUAGACUGUGCUGCUGCAGUUGCUAACCGCGAUGCACUAGCCAAGGCUGUAUACGCUCGAAUAUUUGACUGGCUCGUUGAAAAUAUUAACAAGUCUGUUGGACAAGAUCUGAGUUCGAAGUUACAAAUUGGAGUUUUGGACAUUUAUGGCUUUGAGUGCUUUAAAAAUAAUAGUUUUGAGCAAUUCUGCAUCAAUUUUGCAAAUGAAAAGCUUCAACAACAUUUUAACGAGCAUGUUUUUAAGAUGGAGCAGGAAGAAUACAGGAAUGAGGAAAUUAAUUGGAGCUAUAUUGAAUUCAUAGACAAUCAAGAUGUUCUAGAUUUGAUUGAGAAGAAACCUAUUGGGAUUAUUUCGCUAUUGGAUGAGGCUUGCAUGUUCCCAAAGUCAACACAUCAAACAUUUUCUGCCAAACUGUUUCAAAAUCUUGGAUCACAUUCCAGAUUGGAAAAGGAAAAGUUUUCAGAAACAGAUUUCAUCAUAGCACAUUAUGCUGGAAAGGUGACAUAUCGAACAGAUUUUUUUCUGGAAAAGAAUCGGGAUUAUAUUGUUGUUGAACAUUGCAAUCUUUUAUCUUCUUCAAGAUGCUCAUUUGUUUCUGGACUCUUUGAUUCGCUAUCAGAGGAGUCUUCAAGAUCAUCAUACAAAUUUUCAUCUGUGGCCUUAAGAUUCAAGCAACAACUUCAAGCACUUAUGGAAACACUUAGCUUGACGGAACCCCAUUAUAUACGCUGUAUAAAGCCAAAUUCUUUAAACCGUCCUCAGAAGUUUGAGAAUCAGAGUGUUCUCCAUCAAUUACGAUGUGGAGGUGUUUUGGAGGCUGUUCGAAUAAGUCUUGCUGGUUACCCUACUCGAAGAUUUUAUUCAGAGUUUAUUGACCGAUUUGGAAUUUUGGCUCCCGAGUUUUUAUAUGGAAGCUAUGAUGAAAAGGAAGUAACAAGUGGGAUUCUUAAGAUGUUGAAACUUGCAAACUUCCAGCUUGGCAAGUCUAAAAUCUUCCUUAGAGCCGGUCAGAUUGCAGUUUUAGAUGCACAGAGAAAUGAGGUUUUGGAAAAUGCUGCAAAGAUCAUUCAGAACUGCUUCAGAACAUUCGUUAGUCACAGGGAGUUUGUUGUUACUAGAGUUGCCGCAAUUGCUGUCCAAGCUUAUUGUCGAGGAUGUUUGGCCAGAAAUUUUUUUUCAUGUAGAAGACAAUUGGAAGCAGCUGUUUUUAUUCAGAAAAAUGUUCGGAGAUGGCUAUUACGCCGUGCCUUCAUGUAUGUUCAUUCAGCUGCUGUAGUACUCCAAUCUAGUAUUCGCGGUUUCCUUGGUUUGCAGAAAUAUAUGUAUAUCAAGGAGCACAAAGCUGCCAUUCACAUACAGGUAUGGUGGAGAAUGCUGAAGAAACACAUUAAUUUUCAGAAAUAUAGACGUGCUGUUGUUUGUAUUCAAGGUGCUUGGAGAUGUAAACUUGCCAAACGGGAGCUUCGGAAAUUGAAAUUGGCUGCUAAUGAAUCUGGUGCUUUACGAGAAGCAAAGAGUAAGCUUGAAAAGAAAUUGGAAGAUCUCAUGUGGCGUUUGGCUUUAGAAAAGAAGUUGCGGAUUGCAAGCGAGGAGUCAAAGUUGGCAGAAGUCUCUAAACACCAUGAAACAUUGAAAUUGCGGGAAGCUGAUCUAGAGACAAUCAGGUCUGCCUUUAACAUCGAAAGCAACAAGAAUUUGUUGCUUCAGAAUAAGUUGGAUCAUACUCUGAAAGAAUUGGAAUCCUUUAAGAUUGACCUCAAUGUAAUUGUGGAACUUAAGAAGGAGAAUUUGUACCUAAAGGGAUCUUUCGAUUCCCUUCAAGAGAGAAAUUUGGAGUUGGAGGGUGAGCUUCAAAGAGCUAAAAAAUAUAAUGGCAAUACACUUGAAAAAUUACAUGAAAUGGAAGCGAAGUGUCUACAACUUCAAGGAAACUUGAGCAAGUUUGAGGAGAAGCUUAUCAGUUUAGAAGAUGAGAAUCACAUCCUUAGGCAAAAGUCAUUUAGCUUUUCUCCUAUGCACAAUCAUUCUGGGGUUGUCAAUUUCAAAUCAUACUCUGAGAAAUACUCUAGUGCACUUGUACUUCCUAGAACAGAGGAUACAGUGGAAACUCCUCCCUCAAAAACUAUCCCUCCAUUAACCUUAUCAGCAUCUCGAAGAGCAAGGAAAAUUGUUGAGAGACAUGAGGAAAAUCAUGAAAUGCUGUUGAGGUGCAUUAAAGAAAAAUUAGGUUUUAAGGAUGGUAGGCCAGUUGCAGCUUGUGCCAUCUAUAAAUUACUUCUUCAUUGGCAUGCCUUUGAGGCUGAAAAGACAACUAUUUUUGAUUUUGUUAUAAAGGGAAUCAACAAUGUUCUAGAGGUAGAUAAUGAGGAAGAUAACUUGCCAUAUUGGUUAUCCAACUCUUCUUCACUUCUGUGCCUCUUGCAAAGGAAUCUUCGAUCAAAAGAAUUCUUAACAACACCUUCUAGACGCUUUGGAUCCUUGGGUCUUAAUCGGAGAAUUGGAGUGAAACCAAUUUCGAAUUUUAUUGGAGAAGAAAACCUGAACUUGGCACAUAUUGAGGCACAAUAUCCAGCUAUAUUGUUUAAACAACAAUUGACUGCAUGUCUGGAAAAGAUUUUUGGAUUGAUGAGGGAUAACCUGAAGAAAGAAAUUUUGCCGCUUCUUAGUCAAUGCAUUCAGGCCCCAAAAUCUACUCAAGGACCUACAAUAAGACCGUCCAAGUCUCCUGGUGGUGUUGCUCAACCACUAUCAAAUACUAAUUGGGACCUCAUAAUAAAAUUUUUGGAUUCACUUAUGGAGCGCCUACGUGAAAACUUUGUGCCUUCAUUUUUCAUACGUAAGCUGGUUAUACAACUCUUUGCUUUCAUCAAUAUACAGCUCUUUAAUAGUCUUUUACUGCGGCGUGAAUGUUGCACAUUUUCAAAUGGUGAAUAUGUUAAAUCUGGACUUACAUUGCUGGAAAAGUGGAUUUCUGAUGUCACAGAGGAGUAUGCAGGAACCUCAUGGCAUGAGCUUAACUACAUCAGGCAAGCUGUUGGGUUUCUGAUUAUACAUCAGAAACGGAAGAAAACUCUUGAGGAGAUUACACAAGACCUUUGCCCGGCACUGAGUUUGCAACAAAUUUAUCGCAUAUGCAAAAUGUAUUGGGAUGAAAGAUAUGGUACACAAAGCGUAUCAAGUGAGGUCGUUGGAAUGAUGAGAGAGAUGGUCAACAAAGAUACCCAGAAUCUUGCAUCAAAUUCAUUUUUGUUGGAUGAUGACAUAUGCAUUCCAUUCUCAACAGAGGAUAUAUCAAAGGCCAUUCCUGCUAUAGAUCCAAUAGAUAUUGAACUUCCACAAUUCCUUCAGCAUCCGCCAUCUGCUCAUGUCUUGCAGCAGUUUGAGCUCACGCCAGCAUAACUUGCAGAACAUGAUCUUGUUGGUAAGGAAUUGUUCUUUGGACAUGAGCAUGGUUUUGUUCUACCGCCAUCAAAAAUGUGCACGGCAACAACAUUGGGAAUGUUGGGCUACAUCCACAAUGGGUGGCAGACCAUUUUAUUCGGUGAUCAGGUUGGUCAUUAUGUUAUAACAUUGUAUGGUAAGAUGUAUUUAUUUUGCAUCAAUGUAAAUAUUGAAUUACUUCCUAACUGUUAAUUGGUAGUUUCAUCUCUUAGUAACUUCAAUGUCUACGCUUCCAAAUAUUUAUAAUUUAUGCCUAACAGCCA